AGGUUUCCUCUCGUGAACCGAGUAAGUAGCACAGUGCUCCCUUUCCUAUCUGCUCUGAGAAGCUGCCCUUUCCUAUCCGCUCUGAGUAGCUGCCACUUCGCGUCUGGUUUGAGAAGCUGCCCUUUCCUAUCUGUUCUGAGAAGCUGCCACUUCGCAUCUGCUCUGAGGAGCUGCCACUCCUCAUCUGAUCUGAGAAGCCGCCACUUGAAGUGGAGCUUCCUGUCUUGCACACAUUAGGUCAGCAUUGCCACAAUGGAACCGACCCCUGAGAUCCUCGCUUUCGAAGCCUUUAUCGCCCAACAGAGGCCGAACGUCUCACAGCCAUACCAACUCCAGGACGACCGCGUCUGCUCUGGCACCGCCGGGCGCGUUUCCGACCAGAAACUCUCGGACCCUGACCGCAAGGCCAUUGACCGAAUCCUAGGGCGAAUAGCAUCGUCGCUCAGGGACAUAUUAGGCCACAGCAACUCUGACGAUGAGAAGCUGUCCGUUAUCCAAUAUGCCAUCGACAGUAUCACCAACGAUCGUCCGAUCUCAAUCAGUGUCAUUGGUAGUCAAGGCCGAGGCAAGAGUCUCUUGGUCAACGCGCUACUCCAUCGCAAGACUCUGAGAAAUACGAGCUUAAGUGGCCGUGGGUGUACCUCGUGCCCGAUCAAGUACGAGCAUACUCCGCUGUUCGGAGACGAUCAAGACCUAUACUCCGCUCAAGUACAGAGUAAGCCCUUCGGCAAGAUGAAGUCCCUGAUCGGAACCUUCGUGGAUAAGUGGCUACGAUACCAUUGCAGCACCAUCCAAGGCAGUGAUGGCCAGGUAACAGAAGGGCGGGAGGAGUUGCGAGAGGAUGCGAGAGCCGCGGAGAGGUUUUUCCGUUGGUUCUGUAAUGCCGACAACGAUCCUACCGCGGAAUCUGGCCUCCAAGAACUGCUUAGCCAGGCUAAGCCUGCCAAGAGUGAAAUCGUCGGAUAUGUCGUUUCCAAAUUCUUCGAACUGAAGCAGCGACAUGGCUUCGACGAGAGGGGUAGUAAGACUUUGCCUGCCCAGUCUGGUCGAGAGGUUGCUUCGCAACUCGACCCAUACAUCACUCAUGAAAACGAUAGGCCAGAUUUAUGGCUUAUCGUCGAUUGGGUUGUUGUUUAUACGGGCUCGGAACUCUUGGGUCGCCGUAUCAGUAUCUUCGAUCUGCCCGGACUUGGCGACAUCAACCAAGCACGCACAUUGUCCACGAAUUGGGUCCGCCGCACGGCGGAUUAUGAAAUUAUCGUGGACGUCUCCGACCGGAUUCUUGACGACAUAGCUGUCGAGCUGCAAUUAAAGCAGAGCAUUAAGACGCGCGGUGCAAAGCGGACGAUUCUUGUCUUGACGAAGAUUGAUGACUUCCUCGCGGAUACUUACAGCUUCGAAAACAUCAUCCGCACCGAGACAGCAGCGCCGUUUCCGACAAUCCGAGAGUACCGCGCACAUGCAAAGAAGGAUUUGGAGCAGCUCGAGAGCCGGAAUCUCUACCUUCCCAUUGGUCAGCAUAACCUCCAUAGGUUGGUGACUCGAAACGAGCACAAUCAACCCAUCAAGCUCGAAGAGCGAGAUGACGACGACACCACACCAGCAGAGUCUACCGCGGAGGAGGACUUGGACCGAUACAUCGAGUACCUCGAGUGCAAAGCUAAAUCGAUCUACAUUCGCCUCCGCGCGGAGCGAUUACAAUCAGAGAUGAUCCAGAAAUAUCGACAGUGGGAUGCCAACAGAGAAGCCAUCCAUGUAUUCUCGGUCUCUUCCAUGAAGUACCUAGAAUGGAUGGGAGAGCUGCCAGCCCACAAGGAACCGGUGCUCUCGCCAGCUGAAUGCGGCAUUCCUGCUCUCCGGGAAUUUCUCCGAACCCGCUCUGCGCUCAGCAUCAGCGACGAGUGCAAGAAGCAUGCCUCGAGAACGGCUCCUCACAUCUUGAAAAUGAUCGAUGGCGUGGUCAGCGACUUGGAAGAAGCUGGCUACGGCCAGUCCCCUUUGCUUUCGGUCCCGCCUACACAAGCCGUGUCCGCCGAGGGUAUGGCUGUCCGUGCGCGGUUGCGGGAUAUUCGCCCAGCCAUCGCGGCGGACAUUGAGACGAUGAAGGCGAUUUUGCAGAAGAGCGAGAGGAACGAUGGGCCAGUAGCCAAGAGGGCGAGGCUUCAGGGGAGCGAGGAGAACGAUGGGCCAGUAGUCAAGAAGGAAGAAGACGGGUGGUGAGAUUCUCCGCUGAAGAAGUCUCAUGUGGACUUUGUGAAAGGGUUUCGGGUUUCAAUUGCGACUCUUCGAUUGUCGUUGGAUACGGCGCGUGUUGCCCCAGUGAAUGCAUUCGGCCAGGUUCGCAAAGCAAGAGUACCUGAGUGUUGAUGGACAUGGUGUGAC